AGAGAUCUGGUGAAGUUUAUGAGGGUUCCCAUUCACCAUCUCCUGUGUUAUUAAACAAUCAGAUCUGUUUCCAUGGAGACUGAAGAUUUGGAAGAGAUGGAAAGAUACGAUGGGAAAUCAGCCAAUGGUUUCAGGAAGGAUAGUUCUCCAAAAGUAGUAUCAUGUCUGGACUUGAACUGUGAGCAUGACGAAUCACUGACUUCUGAUUAUGUGACUGAGAAGGAAUCGCAGUCACACUAUAUUCCUAUUCGAAGGAAUUCCAGAUACUAUCGCUCCUUCAGACUUCGGAACAGAGGGAAAUGGAGGAGUAAUAAAGAGAUUCAAACAGAGCAUGUUGAAGGCUCACUAAAAAAUGAAAAUACCAGAAAUGAACUUCUGAACAAAGAAGAACUGUUACGCAUAUUCCACAAGAGUCUGUCCCUACAUAUAAAGCCAAAUAUGACAACUAGGGAAGAACAGUGUCCUCAAAGGCUGCUCCCUUCCCACCCCGGUUGCCGUGGCAACCAUCCGGACUCCCUCAGCCCCGCGCUUGCUGCGGAAUCGCUCCGUGGCAGCAGCAGCAGCAGCAGCCACCGCUCGCUGCCGGACCCGCUGCUACUGUCGCUGCCGUCGUCUGCACCGCUUCGCAUGGAGCUGCUGGCCGCCGCGCUCAGCGCCGCCUGCGCCUUGGACCAUGAAGGCUCCGCGGAGAGCGUGGCCGGAGCCCGCUCGGCUGGCAGUGGAUCCCCUUCCAUGGCUGGACCAGUUCCUAUUCUUGAAGAGAGCCCUGUGCUUCAAGACUGUUCUGCUGUUUUCCCAGAGGGCCUGCAGAUGAUUCACCCUAUGACAGCCGACUCCUGGAAAAACUUCAUUGAGCAAAUAGGGCUCUUGUAUCAAGAAUAUCGGGAUAAGUCCACACGUCAGGAGAUAGAAACUAGGCGACUGCAGGAUUCACAGACAGAUACUGAAGAGUGCACAGCUACAGAGGAGACACCAUCAGAAAAAGAAUCUACAGAUAUAGUGGAAAACAAGGCAGUUCCCCAGUUUAACGUGCUCAGAAACUCCACUUCCAGGUUUAACUUAUGGCAAGAUCUUCCAGAAGUCAGAAGCAGUGGUGUUCUGAAUAUUCUUCAGCCAGAUGAGAUCAAACUUCAAGAGGCCAUGUUUGAAUUGGUCACCUCAGAAGCUUCAUACUACAAGAGCCUGAACCUGCUGAUAUAUCAUUUCAUGGAAAAUGAGAAACUGAAAAAGAUUCUACAUCCCUCAGAGGCCCAUAUCCUCUUCUCCAAUGUCCUGGAUGUCAUGGCAGUCAGUGAGCGUUUCCUUUUGGACCUUGAGAAGCGAGUAGAAGAGAACAUAGUGAUAUCAGACAUCUGUGACAUUGUCUAUCACCAUACCGUUAACCAUUUCUCGGUGUAUGUAACUUAUGUCUCCAACCAAACAUACCAGGAGAGAGCUUUAGGGGUUCUUCAGGACAAGCCAGCAUUCCGGGAGGUGAUCUCACAGUUGGAACUAGAUCCCAAAUGCAAAGGCCUGCCUUUUUCGUCCUUCUUGAUUUUGCCAUUUCAAAGGAUCACUUAAUUCAAGACACUGAUACAACACUUUCUGCUUCUUAUUCAGAAUAUUCUGAAGAAAGUGGAAGAAAAGUCGGAACGAGAAAUCACAGCCCUUGAAGCACAUAAGGAAUUGGAAACAGUGGUGAAAGCAUGCAAUGAAGGUGUUAGGAAGAUGAGCCGUACAGAACAGAUGAUCAGCAUCCAGAAGAAGCUGGAAUUUAAGAUCAAGUCUGUUCCUAUCAUCUCUCACUCACGUUGGCUGCUAAAGCAGGGGGAACUACAGCAGAUGAAUGGGCCCAAAACAUCACGUACCCUCCGGACAAAGAAACUCUUCAGAGAAAUGUACUUGUUCCUCUUCAAUGAUUUGCUAGUGCUCUGCAGGCAAAUUACUGGCGACAAAUACCAGGUGUUUGAUUCUGCUCCCCGAGGGCUUCUUCGGGUGGAGGAGCUGGAAGACCAGGGGCAGAGUCUGGCCAAUGUCUUUAUCCUCAGGCUGCUGGAAAAUGCAGAUGACCGUGAAGUCAGCUAUAUGCUAAAAGCAUCAUCCCAAAGUGAGAUGAAGCGUUGGAUGAUCUUGCUGGCUCCAAAUCGACGAACCAAGUUUGUUUCCUUUACUUCCAGACUUAUGGAUUGCCCCCAAAUACAGUGUGUCCAUCCUUAUGUGGCUCAGCAGCCAGAUGAGCUGUCCCUGGAACUGGCUGAUGUAUUGAACAUCCUGGAAAAGACAGAUGAUGGUUGGAUAUUUGGGGAGCGUUUGCAUGAUCAAGAAAGAGGCUGGUUCCCCAGUUCCAUGGGUGAGGAAAUCCUGAAUCCCAAGAUACGAUCUCAGAACCUGAAGGAGUGUUUCCGAGUGCACAAGACGGAUGACAGCCAGCGAAGAAAGAUGAGCAGCAGAAACAAACAAUGAUUAUUGUGCACAGGUUUCUGUUCUGCUUUAGAAGCAGUUUAUGGCAGAGGCUGAGGCAACAAGGAUUCAUUAACUGGGAGGAAAUACUUGUAUUUCCUCUCACCUACAAGCCAGCAGGCUUCUUUGGACGCUUGAGACCAUGUGAAUGAUACCUUUGAAGAAGAGGCAUGGCUGUCCUGCAUCUGUGCAGAUCUAGGAGCAGUCUUCAAAUUUAUUUCCAAGUAUCCUGCUAACUGUACACAUUUCUUGACUGCAUGGUAAGAAAACCGUGGACUCUGAAUUACUGGAAAAUACAACUGUGUCCAGGCCCACAAGCUUGAUUCUUCAACAAUGGAACCACAAGAUGCAGCAUUUGAUUUUUUAUUAAUUGUAGAGAUGCAAUUGGUAAGUUCAGGAGCUCAGUGUCUUUGAAAGUAUACAAAUUUGUGGCGUCUACAUUGGAAUCAAUAUUCAGGAAGCUCCUCCUUGUGAAACAAGUUUGGACUGCAGGUACAUGGGCAGACCUCUCUCCUGUAACUGCAUCAGUGGGAGAAAGCCUCCCCAUGAAUACCCAAUUUGCAGAAGGCAGUGUCAAAGCAGGAAAACUAUCUUGCUUCAGAGUCAGAGAAUCAGCAGCAGAAGGAAGACUGGAAAUUCAAGACGUAACCCUUAGGAGUUUUCAGCCUCAUUUCUCAUUGUUUGGCUCAGUCUGGAUAUGCUGCUACUCAGUCCUGGCCUAGAAAAUUGUUUCUUGUAGGAAUCAUCCAUCUCUUGUGUGUGGAAUUACUGACUGCCUUUGAGUAUCAAAAAUAAAGUACAUGCACACCCCUGCACCCCAAACAGUACAUGAAUAUACCAACAUGUUGAGAGACAGAGUCAGUGCAGAUAGUAUAUAUUGCCCUGAGCCAAAUGCACCACUGAAUUAUAUAGUUUAAGAAGUGUAUGGUUCCCCAUAAAUAGAUUUUACUUCUAGAGUCCUGUUGCAAAUGCUUAGGAAUUUUUCACACUGGAAAACAAGGACAGUGAAGGCAUACAUGGCAUUGUAACAGAUGUUACGCCUGGAGAGUCUUCUGUGGCCUGCAAAAGUCUGUAUAACCUAUUGCCUUUCCCUGAUGUAUAUAUAGACUCUGAUCACAGUAUUUUAAAGAACAUUUCUGACAUAGUUCUGAACAACGUGCAUCUGUCACUACAAGAGGAUUACACUCAGAUGAUGGACCAAUGCUUAUGCAGAGAGGAACCGCGCUAGGUGAAAAGAGGGUUGAGGCAGAGGAUGACACACUUUUUGUACCAAUGUCUGCAAACGAUGUACUAAAGCAAUAGGAAAACCUCCUGAGUAUUGGCUAUACACUCUGAGCUAAACAGCUAUGCGCAUGAACUCCAUGUAUAGCACUUUCAAGUUGGUGUAUAUAGGAAAAUCUUCAAAAGCCAAGAGGAACAAGAAAGCAUUUCUUCCUUUAGGAGCUUCUGAAAGAAAGAACAGAACUUUACUAAAGGCAAAUGCAACAGUGAGAUCAACAGAAGAUUGUAAAGCACUUUGCAUAUUAAAGUGUUACAUAAAUAACCGACAAUAAGGAAUGAUUCUUUACCGGCUCUAUUCCAAUGAGCUGUUAAUUUAAAUGCCCAUCUGCAGUGUAAAAAAGGUAACUGAGGGCUUGUGUACUUUGCAGUUCUAAUAUGACCAUCAGUUUACAUAUGAAAUAGCCAUACCACAGGUCACCCAGUAGUUCUGCUGGUUCUACGCUAGCUGACAGUAACUCUUUCGGGUUUCAAGCAGCCUCUCUUCGCUUUCUGUCAGAGAUCCCUUGAGUUGGAGAUGAACUUAAGAUCUGCAUACAACAUCUUUGGAUCUGAUUUUAAUAGGUAGACUGGCUUUAAUCCAAAAUUAGACCAUUGAAGCAGUUUUUAUCACUAUACAUCUAACAAAUGUGCUACUUCAAUUGAAGAAAAUCCCUUGCCUACACAUUGCCUUGAUAAAGGAAUAA